AUGGGAAAACGAAGAAGACGUCGCUCGGAAGAUAUUAAGCGCAAAAUAAAACGAUUAAAACGCAGUUUAGAUCGGCGCCAUUAUUAUAGUGACGAUGACGUUUCCGACUGCAACUCUUCAGCUGGGAAUUACUAUUCUGACUAUGAAGAGGUGUCAGAAGCCUCGGCAUCGGACUACUCUAAUGCAGAGGAGAUUAAAUCAGUAGUAGUACCGGUCGAAAAUUCGGUCGACGCCCAGGCUACACAACCACCUGCUCCAGAGCCUGUCGCAGGGCCAAGCAAUGUAACGCCGGAAGCGCCGUCGAUGGAGUUGCCAGCUAAUAUUUUGGAGGCGCUGGGUGGAUCGAAGGAGAAGGAGGAGGUAUUUGGGCCUAACGUCCCAGAAGAAAUCGCUAAACGUUGGGGGCGAAUAGCAGUUGAGGGCUUAGGCAAAGAAGAAAAGGAGGAGCUUACAGAGAAAUUUCUAAUUCCAGAAAACUUUAAAUUACUUAAAGCUCCUAAACUUAAUGCUGAAAUAGCAGCUGUGAUGUCUGAGUCUUCAAAGCAAAGAGACAAAAGAAUGGAAAAGGCCCAAAACCAACUAGGAUUGGCUAUUGCAGGUUUAUCAAAGCUCACAGGUUCCCUCAUUUCAGAAAACUUGGAAAAGCUUGCUAUCAUAAAGCAGAUAGCUGAUGUCAGCCAAUUGUUAGCUGAUCUUCAUUCUGAGAAUACCACUAGCAGAAGGAAAAUUAUUCUACCAAGUUUGGAUAAAAAAUUCACAAAUAUGAUGCAAGAUGUUAAAAGGGACUCGUAUUUAUUCGGGGAGAAUCUCGGCGAAAAGAUUAAAGCUUCAAAGUCAGCAGAAAAGUCAGGACUGCAAAUAAAAAGAUCCUACACUUCUAAUGUCCCUCCUACGUCAAAGAAAUAUACUUCGCGCCAGGGAAACUGGAGGGGCCCACCCAGGCAACAGGGUUCGAGAACGAACAAGCCGGGUGGGUACCGGCCUCGCGCCCCUCCUCAGCACCCCCGGCGGACGACCUCGGAGAAGUACCAGCCUUCGUCGUCCAAGAGAGACAGCCGGCAGCCACGCAAACAUCAAUAGAGGUAAAGCAGCACGCAGGUAGACUCCAGUUUUACAUUGAUCAAUGGCGUGAUAUAACAGAUGAUCCGGUUGUCCUACAGUAUGUUAUUGGAUACAAAAUCCCAUUUAACUCACCAGUUGUACAAGAAAUUGAGCCAACUGACUCUGUUACUUCUCCAUCCGAUAAUGACAAUCUUAAAAUUGCUAUCACAAAGUUACUAGAUUGCGGCGCCGUCGUAAAAUGCCGAGACUCUGCAGUGGAGUUUAUAUCCAAAAUUUUUCUUACUCCUAAAAGUGACGGGUCACUUAGAUUUAUCCUCAAUCUUAAAAACUUAAAUAAGUUCAUUGAUCAUCAUCAUUUUAAGAUGGAGGAUAUUCGUACUGCCACAAAACUAGUACCUAGAUCAGGAUACCUGGCAACAAUUGACCUUAAAGAGGCAUAUUUUUUAAUUCCGAUUCAUAAAUCAAGCCGAAAGUUUUUAAGGUUCAAAUUUCAUGAUACUUAUGAGUUUACAUGUCUACCAUUCGGACUCUGUUCGGCGCCGUACGUUUUUACAAAACUCAUGAAACCUGUUAUCUCACAUUUGAGAAGUAAAGGCUUAAUGCUUGUAAUAUAUCUAGACGACAUAUUGUGUAUAGGUCGUACUUAUAGCGAAUGCUAUGAUUGCGUUACAGAAACCGUAUCCCUUUUAAAGAAAUUAGGAUUCGUG